AUGUUCACAGGGAUAGUGGAGGAGAUGGGAGCCAUCAAAGAAGUCAAGAAUGGCUUCAAGGGAUGGGGAGAGUGGGAGGGAUCAGACGGAGGUAUGACGCUGAGAGUUGGAGGGGGGAAGGUGCUUGAAGGUUGCUACGAAGGCUGUUCGAUCGCUGUGAAUGGCGUCUGCCUGACAGUCACUGAGUUCGACUCAGAGUCCUUCACAGUUGGUGUUGCUCCUGAGACCAUCAGGAAGACCAACCUCGGCCUCCUGGGCCAGGGAAGUCCCGUCAACCUUGAGAGGGCAGCGGCCAUGGACGGGAGGAACAGUGGUCAUAUGGUUCAGGGGCAUGUGGACAAUGUGGGAGAGAUCAUAGAGAAAUGGCAAGACAAAGAAUCUCUGUUUAUCAAAGUUAAGGCGCCGCGGGAGUUAAUGCAGUACAUUGUUCCUAAGGGGUUCAUUGCCAUCGAUGGGACUUCUCUGACGGUGUGCGAGACGGACGUUGCUAACGGCUGGUUCACUUUCAUGUUGAUCGACUACACACAGCAGCAUGUCAUCAUCCCGAAGAAGCCCAUCGGUGACAAGGUCAACUUGGAAGUCGACGUGAUCAGCAAGUACGUCGAGCGAUCGCUUGGCAACAUCAAUGAUAGAUUGUCACGACUUGAGGUCGCCAACGUCCUCCAUGUCUUGCGUCUGAUCCCAAAAUGA